CGCGCAUGCGCGGUUAGUGGCUGCUCUGCGGCCGCCGGCGGGAUUGGUCUGAAGAGACGCGGGGACCAAGUGGCAGCGACUCGGACAUCUGGGCUGUCACUGCCGAAAACAGGCCACAAAAGAGAUAAUCAAUAUGCGUUUCCAAGUCUUUUGGCUAUGUUUGGGUCUUCUGUUCAUCUCAAUUAAUGCAGAAUUUAUGGAUGAUGAUGUUGAGAUGGAAAACUUUGAAGAAAAUUCAGAAGAAAUUGAUGUUAAUGAAGGUGAACUUUCCUCAGAGAUUAAAUAUAAGACACCUCAACCUAUAGGAGAAGUAUAUUUUGCAGAAACUUUUGAUAGUGGAAGGUUGGCUGGAUGGGUGUUAUCAAAAGCAAAGAAAGAUGACAUGGAUGAGGAGAUUUCGAUAUACGAUGGAAGAUGGGAAAUUGAAGAGUUGAAAGAAAACCAGGUACCUGGUGACAGAGGACUGGUAUUAAAAUCUAGAGCAAAGCAUCAUGCAAUAUCUGCUGUAUUAGCAAAACCCUUCAUUUUUGCUGAUAAACCCUUGAUAGUUCAAUAUGAAGUAAAUUUUCAAGAUGGUAUUGAUUGUGGAGGUGCAUACAUUAAACUCCUAGCAGACACUGAUGAUUUGAUUCUGGAAAACUUUUAUGAUAGAACAUCCUAUAUCAUUAUGUUUGGACCAGAUAAAUGCGGAGAAGAUUAUAAACUUCAUUUUAUCUUCAGACAUAAACAUCCCAAAACUGGAGUUUUUGAAGAGAAACAUGCCAAACCUCCAGAUGUAGACCUUAAAAAGUUCUUUACAGACAGGAAGACUCAUCUUUAUACCCUUGUGAUGAAUCCAGAUGACACAUUUGAGGUGUUAGUUGAUCAAACAGUUGUAAAUAAAGGAAGCCUCCUAGAGGAUGUGGUUCCUCCUAUCAACCCCCCCAAAGAAAUUGAAGAUCCCAGUGACAAAAAACCUGAAGAAUGGGAUGAAAGAGCAAAAAUUCCUGAUCCUCGUGCCGUCAAACCAGAAGACUGGGAUGAAAGUGAACCUGCCCAAAUAGAAGAUUCAAGUGCUGUUAAACCUGCUGGCUGGCUUGAUGAUGAACCAAAAUUUAUCCAUGAUCCUAAUGCUGAAAAACCUGAUGACUGGAAUGAAGACAUGGAUGGAGAAUGGGAGGCACCUCAGAUUCUUAAUCCAGCAUGUCGGAUUGGGUGUGGUGAGUGGAAACCUCCCAUGAUAGAUAACCCAAAAUACAAAGGAGUAUGGAGACCUCCACUGGUCGAUAAUCCUACCUACCAGGGAAUCUGGAGUCCUCGAAAAAUUCCUAAUCCAGAUUAUUUCGAAGAUGAUCAUCCAUUUCUUCUGACUUCUUUUAGUGCUCUUGGUUUAGAGCUUUGGUCUAUGACCGCUGAUAUCUACUUUGAUAAUUUUAUUAUCUGUUCGGAAAAGGAAGUAGCAGAUCACUGGGCUGCAGAUGGUUGGAGAUGGAAAAUAAUGAUAGCAAACGCUAAUGAGCCUGGUGUAUUAAAACAGUUAAUGGCAGCUGCGGAAGGGCACCCAUGGCUUUGGUUGAUUUAUCUCAUAACAGCAGGAGUGCCAAUAGCAUUAAUUACUUCAUUUUGUUGGCCAAGAAAAGUAAAGAAGAAAUACAAAGAUACAGAGUAUAAAAAAACCGACAUAUGUAUACCACAAACAAAAGGAGUACUAGAGCAAGAAGGAAAGGAAGAGAAAGCAGCCCUGGAAAAACCCAUGGACCUGGAAGAGGAAAAAAAGCAAAGUGAUGGUGAAAUGCUUGAAAAAGAAGAGGAAAGUGAACCUGAGGAAAAGAGUGAAGAAGAAAUCGAAAUCCUAGAAGGGCAAGAAGAACGUAAUAAAUCAAAUAAGUCUGGAUCAGAGGAUGAGAUGAAAGAAGCAGAUGAGAGCACAGGAUCUGGAGAUGGGCCAAUGAAGUCAGUACGCAAAAGAAGAGUACGAAAGGACUAAACUAGAUUCAAUUAUUUUAAAUUCCUGAGAGGGAUGUUUGGCAUUCUAAAAUCAGCAUGCCAGACUUGAACUUUAAUCAAUCUAUGCACAUCCUGUUUCUAAUAUCUAGCAACAUUUUUCUUUCAGACAUUUAUUUUAGUCCUUCAUUUCAGAGGGAAAAAAAAGCAUCUUUGAAGUUAACUGGUCUUUGAAUUUAGAAUAAAAGUUGCACAUUACAUAUCGGAUCUAAGAGAUUAAUACCAUUAGAAGUUACACAGUUUUAGUUGUUUGGAGAUAGUUUUGGUUUGUACAGAACAAAAUAAUAUGUAGCAGCUUCAUUGCUAUCAGAAAAAAUCAGUUAUUGGAAUUUCCACUUAAAUGGCUAUACAACAAUAUAACUGGUAGUUCUAUAAUAAAAAUGAGCAUGUGUUCUGUUGUACAGAGCUAAAUGCAAUAAAGUUUCUGUAUGGUUGUUUGAUUCUAUCAACAAUUGAAA